GAUUUGUUCCACUUUUUGCGGCGAAGCAAGAUAAGGAGAAGGAAGAUAAGGAAGACCGGUGAAUUCUUGACGGAGGACUCGUACCGGUGACAAAUGAAGAUUCUGAUGGUGUUUGAUUUUGACCACACUGUGGUCGAUGCCAACAGUGACACUUGGGUGGUAAGGUGCCUUCCUGAUAAGACACUUCCUGGCUCUGUGGAGAAUUCGUACAGAAAAGGCUACUGGACUGAGUACAUGGGCAGGGUGCUGAACUACAUAGGGGAGCAGAAGGUGAGCACAGACAGGGUUCGCAGUGUGAUGGAGACCAUCCCCUUUACAGCUGGAAUGACUGAGUUGCUGACAUUUAUAGCAGAGAAUAAAAGUGCCAUUGACUGCAUAGUCAUCUCUGAUUCCAACACCUUGUUUAUAGAAUGGAUUCUCCAUGCUGCAGGACUCCAGGCGGCUGUUGACAAGGUUUUUACCAACCCAGCUAAGCUCAAUGAGUUGGGCCACAUUGAAGUGCAGUGCUAUCAUUCUCACGACUGCGAUCGAUGCCCUGUCAACCUCUGCAAGAAAAAAGUCCUGGAGCUUUACCUUUAUGAGCAAUCUGAUGCUGGCGUGGAGUAUGAGCAAAUCUUUUACGCGGGGGAUGGGGGGAAUGAUCUCUGCCCUACUUCCUGUCUGAGAGGCCGUGAUGUUGUGAUGCCAAGAAAGGGAUACACUCUGGAGAAGCUGCUAGCCAAACUGGAAGGUCAGGAGGGCAACUUUCCUCUAAGAGCUAAAAACAUUGCCUGGAGCAGUGGCGCUGACAUUCUCCGGGAGCUGAAAGCAAGCAUGCAGUCGUAGCCGUGGCACAUGAAAUAUUACAAAUAUUGAGCCUGCACUGCAGGAUGCAUUGUGCUGCCUGUAUUCUUUUUUCAUAUUAUAAUUCAAAAAUUUAGAAGAUUUUAUAAACAUUUUAACUUAUUUAAAACUACAGCACUUGCACAUGUAAACCAGUCUUUUAAAAAGGGUAAUUUGUCUGCAGGGAAAUUUACCUUUAUCUUUUAUCUUCAUGAUCUUUACAAUUUUUCUAAUUUUCCAUGGUGAUUGAAAAUAGAGGCGCCUGAAACCACUAACAAUACAUAGGCAGUGUGUCACAAGGGCAGCUUUUACAUGUGCAGUGUAUGUUGGAUACUAGGUAAGAAUUUAGUUAAGAUUAUAUUUAGUAUUGUAUUCAAGAUCUUAGUUGUUGGGGCUGAUCCAAGAAGCAGAGAUGAACCAGCAAGUUAACUUGAUCUGACAAAGUAGAAGUCAGGGAAAUUUCUGAGCAGAUUUGAGACAUGGAUUAAUUUUAGUCCCAUACAACAAGAAAAAUUAAAAGAUGUCUCCAUUGAAAUGUUUCUGGACUAGGGUUUCUAGAAAGGUUCAUGUUAGGGGAAUUUUGUUAAACUGAAAACAUUAAAUCAAUCUACUUUAUGCAGUCUGCACUAUAUCUAGCCAAAGUACUGUGCAAAAAUAUUGAGCCACCUCUUAUUUCUUUAUAUUUUGGUGGAAAGAUAGAAAAUAGGUACAGCAGUUUAUUGAAACAUGUGGAAACAUGUAUGGAAAUUAAGUAUAUAUAACAGAAACAGCAUUUUUCUACAGUUAUAAAGAUAAAAAGUCAAUAUUUGAUAUGACCUUUACUUUUCAAAAUUUUAAAGUUAUUAAUUUAUUUUAUUUUUUAUUUUCCCCAAACCACAAAAGAGCCUCCUGUAUUACACACUGACUGAUGUAGAUUUCUUCUAAAAGCACUUUGGAAAUCAGCUCACUGGUACUAUAAUACAAAUUUAUGCCUGUCAAACUGUGUCAUCUUUGGUGUUUUUUACUAAAGAAGUGGGGACAUCAUUGUGUUUCUGUGACAGGCUGCUAAUAAAAAUGUGCUAAUAAUGUGCCAAAAGAUAAAAAUUGUAAUUCGUUCUUUGCUAAAUUGUCUGAUAUCUGUAGAUACACCACUGGUUGCUCAUCUCUUGAGUUAGGUGUUUUUUUUAUUGCUUGAAUGAUUGAUAGGUCAGUGUGAAGUAGCUGAACAAACAAAAAUGUUCCUCUGAAAAUGAUCAGGUACAAGGACUGAACUAAAAUGAGUGAAAAAGCAGUGUCCAAGGAAAAGCUUUGAAAGAUCUUUAGAAAGCCUGGGGAACUAUUACCAAAGACUAAAUUAUCAAAUGAAAAUGAAGUCUGACUCCUUGGAAGCAAAAUAUAAAGAAAUGAGUGGUGGCUCAAGACCUUUGCACAAUUCAUUUUGUUGUUUGUAACUGCACUAACAAUAAAAAAAAUUCUCAUGUUUUGUGGGUCUAAACCAGGGGUGGGCAAUCUCAGUCCACGAGGGCCGGUGUCCCUGCAGGUUUUAGAUCUCACCUUGGGUCAACACACCUGAAUCACAUGAUUAGUUCAUUACCAGGCCUCUGGAGAACUUCAGGACAUGUUGAGGAGCUAAUUUAGCCAUUUAAAUCAGCUGUGUUGGUUCGAGGACACAUCUAAAACCUGCAGGGACACCGGCCCUCGUGGACUGAGAUUGCCCACCCCUGGUCUAAACACACACUAGCUCAAUUUCCCAACCUUGAAUUAAGCCUGGUGAUUAAACUCUUUACUCAGUGAAGACCUUCACUGAUUUUUUUCUUUCUUUUCUAAAUUUUAUUCAUUUUGUGAGCACCAGACUCGGUCUGUGUUUGGGAAACUGGCUGACUGGAUAUAUGUUAAUAUGUCCAAACCAAUGAACAAACAAUGGGUUCUGAAUAUUGCAUUUAAUUAAAUUUGCUUUAUAGUUUACAAAUGUUAGUUGGAAAGCUUCUAAAGCACUCCUACUAACUUUUCUUUAUGAAUCUGAGAAAAACACUAUACCAGUUCUUCCCUGCUAUAUUCUGCUUAAGACAUUUUGAUUUAUGAAAAGAAAAGCACUGGUGUUACUAAUGGCAUUAUGAUGUGUUAUAUUUAAAUGUUCCAGACAGUGUUACAGCAUGCAUAAUACCAGGAACUUGAAACUGCCAAAUGGCAUGAAGUUGUCUGUCUUAGUUUAAACUGACUAAAAAUACGUCUGUAAAAGGCACAUUAUAAUGUAACUAAUACAUACUUUAAAUAAGGUACUUUUGUCAACAUUUUGAAUGUAACAUUUUUACAUGAACUUACCUCAGCUGAUAUCUGGUUAAGAAAGAUUGAAUACGUUUGAACAGUUUUUCUACAGUUGCAAUUCUUUGUUUGGGGUGUUAGAAAAUGCAGAUGAACUCAUUAUUAUAACUGGUCCUAAAUGAUUGUACUUGUUUAAUGUUAUUUAGCAUUUAAUAGAGCUGUGCUGCUCUACAGUUCUGAAUCUUUCUGUUCUCCAGUAUUGUCAGCUGUGUUUUACAGAUCAGGUCUGUUUCUUUUAAAUUGAUUUUUGAAAGCAUGUUUGGAUUAAUGUGUGUAGUACAUUAAAUAUAAUAUGUCUGUUGACUUGCAUAAACCUCCACUACCUUAUAAGCUGCAUGAACAAUACUUCCAUGUUUGUUUUUACCACGUUAACUCUGAAGUAUCAAACAGCCUCAUUUAGGAUUUUGCUCAUGUUUCUCGUAGCCAGUAUGUAUUAUCUGAAUAGACUAUUCAGUUUUUUAUGUACAACUUCAACAGCAAUGCUCAUGGAGACAUAUGCAUUGAUUGACUUUCUGUUGCCACUGUCACAAGCCAGUUUGAUAAAAUAAUAUUGUGUGUUCUUAAUGUGUAAUUCCAAUGAUUAAAUCAAAUUAAUUAUC